AUGGAGAGAGAGAAUCACACUUGGGUGAGGGAGUUCACUUUUCAGGGUUUCUCCAGCUUCCGUGAGCACCAGCUCACCCUGUUUGUCGUAUUCCUUGUGCUGUACGCCUUAACCCUGGCUGGCAACGUCAUCAUUGUGACCAUCAUUAAUGUUGACCGUCAUCUUCACACGCCCAUGUACUUCUUCCUGAGCAUGCUGUCCACUUCAGAGACUGUGUACACGCUUGUCAUCAUACCCAAGAUGCUCUGUAACCUCCUGGGCCUGAGUCAGCCCAUCUCCUUGGCUGGCUGUGCCACCCAGAUGUUCUUCUUCAUCACCUUGGCCAUCAACAACUGCUUCCUGCUCACGGCCAUGGGGUACGACCGCUACGUGGCCAUCUGCAACCCCUUGAGGUACACAGUCCUCAUGAACAAGAGGGUGUGCAUCCAGUUGGUGGGGGGGCCCUGCAGCAUUGGCCUAAUCAUAGCCAUGACACAGGUGCUGGCUGUGUUCAGGUUGCCCUUCUGUGCCACAAAGGUGGCCCACUUCUUCUGUGACAUCCGACCUGUGAUGAAGCUCUCCUGCAUUGACACCACAGUCAAUGAGAUCCUGACUGUGAUCAUCAGUGUGCUGGUGAUCCUGGUUCCCAUGGGGCUGGUCUUCAUCUCCUAUGUCCUCAUCAUCUCCACCAUCCUAAAGAUCGCUUCAGCUGAGGGCCGGAAGAAGGCUUUCGCCACCUGCGCCUCCCACCUCACGGUGGUUAUCAUCCAUUAUGGCUGUGCCUCCAUUGCCUACCUCAAGCCCAAGUCUGAGAACACCAGGGAUCAGGAUCAGCUGAUCUCAGUGACCUACACCAUCAUCACCCCCCUGCUGAACCCUGUAGUGUACACCCUGAGGAACAAGGAGGUCAAGGAUGCUCUGCUCCGGGCCACUGGCAGGAAUUCUUCCUGA